AUGAAUAUCGAUGAAUGUAGCAAACAGCAACGCGCGGGCUGUCAUAGUGUACUUCGUGCUGCGCUGUUAAAACCACAAGCCAUAUGUGGCCUAAUGCUCCUAUCACCUGGUGUAGGCCUAACUUUGAAAUCAUACAUUCAAAUCGUUAUGCCACAAUUUUGGGAGGAAAUUUUGGCUGAAAAAAAUGUUCCACAUCCUUCGGCCAGCAAAUAUCUUCCGCCAAUUAUGGUCAAUCGACAAUGUCUGCAGCAUUUUGUUGAUACUUGCGUAAGCAAUCAAAUGAAAUCAAUUCCUAUUCAUUGCCCUGUGAGAAUUAUGCAUGGAUCUGAUGAUAAGGUGGUUCCAUUGCUAAAUGUGAAAAAGUUUAAAGAGAAAUUGGAAAGUAAAGAUGUUGUCCUAACAGUAAUUGAUGGUUCAGGCCAUUAUUUGCCAUUUGCCACAGAAUUUGAAGAAUUAUUCGAUUCGCUUCUUUGUUCAGUGCAACAAAUUGAUAACCGAACAUUGUGA